AUGUGGCCACUUCCUUUGCAUACGGCCCUCGACCCAGCUUUGCACCGCACACGCCGUAGACCCUGGAACCUCCAAGCCUUGAUAAUAGAGUGGCGCAAUCAGGCAGAGCAGCAUGCGGCUGUGAGCUCUCCGGGAAUCAUCCCUCUCCAGCUGAACCGAUUUGGCCAGGAUUGGCAGAAGAUUCAUCAUCACAUCGAUCUUAGCCCUACUGUAUACCUCCCACACUUUGUGGAUGGUUCGUUAGCUACCUCUUCGGAGAAGUACCGGCUAGCAGCUGUAAUCUACCACCUAGGAGCGACGGUGACAUCUGGCCAUUAUCGCACAGCUUUGUUCCAAGAUGGGCGACUGACCCAUCUCACUGAUGAUGGCUGUGAAGCUGUAGUGGCAAUGGACCGGGACAUCGAAGUAGUCUGCUACACCCCUGCACCAUCGCCUUUUGUGGUGCGUGAGCAGGCCCGUGACGGAAACUGCCUCUUUCGCUCCUUCUCUGACCAGGUCUACGGCUGCCCUGACUACCAUGCCCUGCUGAGAGACAGGUGCACAAAGUACAUCGCUAGCGAGCGAAGCUAUUUCGAGCAAUUCGUGGCGGAGCCAUUUGAAGAGUUUCUGGCACGGAUACAGCGCGAGGGCGAGUGGGGCGAUGAUGUGGAGAUUGAGGCGUUGUCCGAGAUUUACGACUGUCGGGUGGAGAUUUAUGCCUCCUACGGCCAUUCGCUGAUGCGGACAUUUCAUGAGGCUUGCGACGCAAAGUGGUCGCAGCCCGUGAGGCUGCUGUACGAGGGCCAUGCGCACUACAACUCCCUGGCUCCCCGAAGUGGCCUUUGCCCCAUUGCCCAACAGCUGCGGCCAGGGGAGAUGGAGGACGCUGCGAUCAGCAGAUCCCGGAGGAGACAUGAGGCCGGAUACCGUCGCGAAGGCGUCCAUGAGGCGGAUGCCAAGCUCACCGAGCAGGAGGUGGUCGACGAGUCGAUUCGUCUGAGCCGCCUUGAGUUUGAGCAUAAGUCGGAUGCUGAGAUGGAUAUGGCACUUCAAGAUUCCCGUGCCGAGUGGGAAAAGUCAGAAAGGAAGCGCAUGGAGGAGGAGGUGGUCGACGCCAUCCUCCAACAGUCUGUGCUUGAGGAGGAGCAGAAGCAACUCACUUUGGCCAUGAAGGAGUCGAAGGAGGAUGUCAUUCACAACAGACCGGAGUUUGCGGCACUCUACGGAAUGGUCACGCCAGCUGAGCCAGUCCCUGGAGCAUCCUCUUCUUCGGCCUACGAAGAGAAGAGGGACAGCCGGGAGUUUCAGUAUCCGGAGAGUGUCUACGCGGUCAUGUCAAUGGGCUUCCCGCUCGAAAAGUGUAUUCAGGCCUACCAUUUGGUGGGCGACAAUCCCGAAGGAAUUCUGCAGUUCUGCUGCCAGACACUGGGCCAGGAGCUCGCCGGUGCUGUCGGGGUGAGAGCCAAAACAUUGCGAAGUUUCUCUAUUGUGUCCGGGAACUUCUUUGGAUCUGCCGCAAAUGCCAUGGCCGCAGCAUCCGCAGGGGAGGAGACGAGCUACGGCUUGUCUGAUCCGGAGACUUUACUCGACUUCUUGGAAGAUGCCGGCAUCCGCCUGGUGCGCCUCGAGUACCUGGUCGAGCUCCGUGACUCGGGGAGGCCUUUGCCGCGCCGGCAAGAGGCGGAGCAGGAGACGACGAGCUCGGGACUGCCGGCACUCGUGCAGAGCAGCGAGCUCAAAGCUGUGAAGAUUGACCCCACGACCGCCCACAUGUCAGUGAUGAUCCCGCACCCAGAGCCGAGACGGGUCAAAGUCCACCUCGUCUCUAUCAGCCACAUGUGGGAGAGCAUGCAGCAUCCGGAUCCUUGGAGGUUCCUGGAGGCUCUAGAUAGCUAUUUCACCAUGUUAUUGUAUUGGAGUAGAUCUGUGAAUCAGUGUGGCAAUGUUGCACGACCACAUCUUGUUGCGCUUGCUUCGAGGUUCCAGCUGGAUGGAAUCGUGGAGGAGUUCCGUCCCCGACUGCUGGAUUCUGUGGUUUGGAUCUUCUACGACUUCGUUUCCUUGUAUCAAUACCCUAGAAACGAAGAUCAGGACCGGCUCUUCCGCCGGGCGCUCCGCGACAUGUUUGUCAUGUACUCCCACGACGCCGCGGAAGUCCAUCGGAUCGAGAUGCUGACUCCGACGAGGGUGCGAGAAAGGUGCGUUGCAGCACACGGACCCAAGAUCUUCGUUUAUUGGGAGGCAGAGCAGAAGAUGAUGCAUGUUCUCAUCUCUAAGCUCAAGCGAAACGUGGUGCCGUAUGAGCAAAGGGGCUGGUGCCAGUCCGAAAAGGAGUGGUCGGCCCUGCGGACUUGGAUGAAGGCCGACAAGCCGGUGCCUCUUCCCCCGGACAUGUUCCGGGCACGGAUGCAGCAGAUGAAAUUUACGCACAGGGAAGACUCCGAGGAGGUCUUCAAGCUCCAGGCGAAGGUCUUCCACCAGAAGGCAGCGUCCACAACCAAACUCCUCAUCGAAAACUUGGACGCCGGCAAGAUCGCCGUUCUGACCGCAGCUUUGCCUUCCUACACCAAGCUCAAAGAGCUCGUUGCCAUGGGAAGCCCGGAGAACACCUGGAAAGCCGCCUUGGCCGUGGUGGUGUCAGGUGCCUGCAUUGUCGAGAUUGCGUGCGAGAAUAUGCGAGACGAGGAUGCCAUCGCCUUGUCGGCCGGUUUGUCCACGAAGAAGUGCAGCCACCUGGAUCUGGAACAGUUGCACCUAAGGUGCGAGAGGAUUGGUGACCGAGGUAGGACUGCUCUGCGGCAGACGAUGAACCUCCACGGUGCGAAUUUGGUGAUCAGCACUCCAGACCGCAGUCUGGGCUAUGUAGGGCAGGAAAUCGAGCCAGCGAUGGCUUCGCAGAGGUGCGUGACGCUGCGCAUUUUGGUUUCCAAACGUAGACAACCACCGCUUCAAUCGGAAGCUGUUGCGGCCUGUCCCGCUGCCUUGCCUACCCAUAACUCGCUAUUUGCAAAACUGACCGCCGCUGGACGACUGGAUCCGAGGCCCCGGCCAGUGGAUGUCGGUGCGGUCGAUUCGUUGGAAUUGCAUGCAUCCGCCAUGACACAAAUCUUGAGCGUCCUGUGCUGUAGACGCAGACGCUUCGAUCCGACGUUGAAUCCCACGGGGUCCGAGGCUGGUCCGAACAGGGCGGUUCCAUUGCAUAUCUUUGGAGGAACCAAGAAGCAGACGGAUAUGCAGCUACCCCACAUGUUGAAGACUCUGAUCUUUGGCGGCAACUUCAACCAGAGCUUGAAGGGCACUUGUCUAGACAUUGACGCAACUGCAGCCGAAACGGAGCCGCCACAGCUCUUUGCCUUCCUCUCGGACUCCCAACACAAGGAAGAAGAUUCGCCCACUGCGGGAGCUGCACAAGCUGGUGAUGAUGAUGGCCACGUGUUUCAGGACGCUGCUGUGGUCAUUUUUGUUAUGUUUUCUGGUGAUGACGGUCUGGGCUAUGGCGUUUUUGAGGAUUGUCCGCAAUGCAGAAGAGCAACAUCUUCGGUCAUGGAUGCAAAUUUACUGCUGUUCAAAACGGUCAUUGCUGGUGACAGCUGGGGCGAGGUUGCUGUGCCAGUGAUUCAGGCUGGGGAGAGUUACGAACAUGAAGUUCAAAAUCCAUCCUGA